AUGGAGAAAAAGAAGAAGAAAACCAAAAGCGAUGAAGUACAGAAAAAACUUGAAAAUGCCAUAUUGCUUAGUAAGAGCUACAGAACAUGUGAUGAUUAUAGAAAUGUGUGUGAUAAGAGUAGAAAUGUUAAUGAUAAAAUAAAUAGAAAGAAUUAUAGUUUAUUUAUUAGAAAAGAAAUAUUUGAUCAUGCGAUAAUAUAUACAACAAACAAAAUAGAUGAAAGUAAUUUAUUAAUAUAUUUAAAACAUUUUUAUGAACAUUUUAAGAAAGAAAAUGUAAAUAAAAAUAUAAGUAGAAAAUAUUUAAGUGAUGAAAUAUAUAUAACAUUAAAUGAUUGGAUUAGAUAUAACGAAUUAAUUAAAAAUCAAGAAAAUAGUUUACAUGCUAAUAUAUUUACUAUAAAUAUAUGUAAAUCUUUAUGGAUAUUAUUAAGUAUAACUGUACAGAGUGUGCGAAAAAAAAAUAAUUUGAAAAAACAAAAAACCAUAUUUAAUACUCCUUUCGAAGAUUUACAUAUACAUAAAUAUAAUCAUAAUCAUAAGAAAAAAAAAAAUGAAAAUGAUAAUGAAAUGGAUAAAACGGACACAUAUCUUAGGGAGAAAAAAAAUAAAAAGGAAUAUAUGAAAGAAAAAAAAAAUAGUCCUCAAAAUAAUUAUGAACAUAACAUCAAAGGAAAUGAUGACAUAAAAAGAAAUGACGACAUCAAAGGAAAUGAUGACAUAAAAAGAAAUGAUAACAUCAAAGGAAAUUAUGACAUCAAAAGAUAUGACGACAUAAAAAGAAAUGACGACAUCAAAAGAUAUGACGACAUAAAAAGAAAUGAUAACGUGAAUAAUAUUGAUAACAAUCAGUUCCAUGUUUGGGGUGACGAUUGGUUAAAUGAGGAGAUUUGUAUAGAGCUCGUUAUUUUUUUCAUAAUUUUACAAUUUUUAAAAAAUGAUAAUACAAAAAAGAUGUAUGACAAAAGUUUGAGUGAGGACCAUUGGCCUAAUAUAAAGGAAAGUAAACCUGGUGCAUUUUAUGUUAACAGUGUGGAUAAUAUCAAAAAAAUGGAUAAUAUAAAAAAAAUGGAUAAUACCAAAAAAAUGGAUAAUACCAAAAAAAUGGAUAAUACGAACAAAUUGGAUAGUAUAAACCGGUUGGAUAAUAUCCACUGUGGUAAUAAAAACAAUUUAAAUUGCUCUUUUAUUAAUAAAGGUAACGUAUGUGAUUUAUUUGUAUUAAAUGGUAAUAACUACAAAGAGUUUUUAAGAAGAUAUUUAAUUUGUUUUUUUUGUUGUACUGAUUUGAAUAAUUGUGUAAGUUUGGUAAAUAUGCCUUUAUAUUUCAAACGUUAUCAUUUUUUACUUUUAGAUUUUAUUAUAGAAACAAAUAAUGAAAAGAAUGUUCAUGAGAUGUACUUAUUAUAUAAUGAUCAUAAAAUAUUGUAUAAAAGUAAGCACAUUUUAGAUUGGUUACUUGAGAAUAUUUGUUGUAAUGAUUUAAUAGAUUCUAUACAUGAGAAUGAUAUAAAAAGAAAUGUUAAUGAAAAAUUAGGAGGAAGAGAAGCUUGCUCAUUAUAUUAUGUUGAUGUUGAAGAAAAGGAUAGAAAGAGAAUAAAUACUAUUUGUAGUGUUGAAGAAAUAAAUAAUGAUAUAUAUGAAAUUAAAAAUAUAUAUGGACAAAAUAUUUAUAUGAAUGAUGAUAAAAAUAUUGUAAAUAUAAUUAAUUGUAAAGAAUGUAAUAUAUUUUUUUUUUGUAGUAUAGAAUAUUUAAAAAUAAAUUUUUGUAAAGAUUGUUAUAUUAUUUGUUUAUCUGUAGAAAUGAUAACAACAUUAUUUAAUUGUAUUAAUAUAGAUAUACAUUUAGUAACUAGAAAUUUAAAAGUAGAAAAUGUUAUAGAUACAAAUAUAUAUGUAUAUACAGAAACAAAUAUUAUCAUAUUUGGUGAUACAAGAAAUAUACAACUAGCUCCUUAUAAUAUAUUAAACACAAAACAAAAAGAAUGUUUAGAUAAAUCUAAAAUCAUUUUUACUGAGAAAAAUUGUGAUUUAUUUGCUUUUCCGUUAAAAUGUAAAAUGCAUUUAUUAAAUAAUUCUUUUAAUAAUUUAAUAAAUACAAUGAAAACACCUACUUAUUUUUCUGUAUUACCAAUGGGUGUGGACAAAAAUAAAGUGAAUAUAAAAAAGGAGGAUAUAACAUUACAAAAUGAUGAUCACAAUGAUAAUAAUGAUGAUGAUAAUAAUAAUGAUGAUCACAAUGAUGAUCAUGAUGAUGAUAAUAUUAAUAAUAAUGAUAAUAUUAAUAAUAAUGAUAAUAUGAAUAAUAAUGAUAAUAUUAAUAAUUUCCACCAUCAUUAUAAUAAUAGUAAUAUUAUGAAGGAAAAAGAAAAACGUCAGAAUACACAAAAUGAUAAUAACCAGAAUAAAUGUAUAUCUUUUAAUAGUAACAGUGAUGUAAAAGAGAAUGAUAUAUUAAGAGAUCAUAAAAAAAACGAACCAUUAUACCUGGGAAAUAAAUGUAUGGAAAAUACAAAUAAUUUGUCUUGCUCUUAUACAGAUUAUGUGUAUUAUCUUUUAAAUCCUUCUAAUUUUUUUUUAAUUGAGUUCCCCAACAAUUUUACAUCCAAUACUAAGAACGAUAGAAAAGAUGAUACAGAAUAUAACAUGGAUAAUAUAUAUAAUAAGUUGAGUAUACCAAUAAAUAAUGUAAACAAUAUGCAGGAUAAUAUUAAUAAAUAUAUAUCUAAAGAAGAAAAGAGUAUAUAUGGAUGUAGUUUUCAAAAUAUAUGUUUACAACCUCAUAUGAGUAAUUAUAUAAAUAAUACUGUACAAGAUAAUUCGAAAUAUAAUCUAGAUAAUAAAUAUGUUUGUCUAUAUUUACCAGAGGUAUAUAAAAACGCGAUAGAAACACAAGAUGAGCAUAUUAUAAACUUUUUAAAUUUUAUGAAUAGUAUAAAUCUUACAAAAAUACAAAAACAAAAAAUUAUGAAAAUAUUAAUGUUUAAGUUGUAUGAGUAUAUCAAAAAGUCUAAGAAGACAUAUAGGAUGUUAAAUAAUUUGGUACAGAGGGAGCACGAAGGAAGUAUGUUAUAA